AAGAAAUAUUCUGUAAACCAAACAGAACUGUCCAAAAUUACGACGCGAGAGUGGUGUUGAAUGAAGUCUAAUAAAUUUGAAACUUUUGAUUUUUUACAAUGUUAAUAAUUAUCAAAAUAAGUGCCUAAAUAUUUCAAAGAUAAUCUUGUUUUAGUAUUGUGAUAAAUGCUUUCGAGAUGUCGAAAAACAAAAUCGCCGCUCGAAUCGACAGCCAAAGUGUUGAAGUUAAGACUAAGUUUGAUGCAGAAUUCCGUCGGUUUUCACUGAAUAGGUCCGAGAAACUAAAAUAUGAGGACUUCAAAGCAUUAAUAGAAAAACUUCAUAGACUGCAUGAUGUGGCUUUCCUGAUCAGCUAUACAGAUCCUCGAGAUGGUGAUUUGUUGCCCAUCAACAAUGAUGAUAACUUGGCUAGGGCUUUGCUCACAGCAAGACCACUUCUCAGGGUUAUUAUUCAAAGAAAAGGAGAUAGUCUGGAAGAACUGAACGGCUAUGGCACGAUGCGACCGCGAAACAUAAUCUCGUCAAUACUGAGCGGCACGCCGGCUAAGAACAAAGGGCUCGCAAUAUCUAAUCCUCACGACUUUAGAAUGGUGUCAGCAAUCAUAGAUGUAGAUAUAGUUCCAGAGACAUGCAGAAGAGUGAAAUUACUAAAGCAUGGCUUUGACAGACCUUUAGGAUUCUUUAUAAGAGAUGGCACGUCAGUGCGGGUGACGCCGAACGGCGUGGAGCGCUCGCCUGGCAUCUUCAUCUCGCGGCUGGUGCCGGGCGGCCUGGCCGAGUCCACGGGCCUGCUGGGCGUCAACGACGAGGUGCUCGAGGUCAACGGCAUCGACGUCUCCAACAAGACUCUGGACCAGGUGACGGACAUGAUGGUGGCCAACUCGUCGAACCUUAUAAUAACGGUGCGGCCCGCCAACCAGCGCGCCGGCCCGCCGCCGCCCGAUCCGCGCGAGCCCCGCGCCUCGCAGCCGCCCAGCGAGACCGACGAAGACAGAUUCGAUCAAGACGACAAUGACGAGAUCGUCGACCUGACGGCCGUCACGCUGGAGGAGCAGCCCGAGCCCGCCUUCCCGCACCUGCCCAGCAAGGACGACGGCCAGAUCCUGCACCUAUAGUACAUACUGCACUGGUACCGCCGCGCGAGGCAAGCCACGACUUGAGCUUGCACACGCCCAUUUACCCUCUAUAGCGAAGCAAGGCCUGAAUAAUCGUUCUCAGCCAAAGCAUUUGCUCAUUUACGUUAAAGCAAUAAUAACUUCUAUAUAUGCAGGGUAUAACCAGAACGCUAACAAAAACGAAGACAGGUGAUAGUACUGAUGAUUACUGAUAACAUACCAUAAAAAACUGAUUUUUUUUUAAUCCUGUAAUUUUUAAAAUUCACACUCAUAUAUAUUG